GGUACCUAAUUUUAUAGAAAUAAUCGUAAAUUGGCGAAGAAAUUAGAAAUUUCCCGAACCCAUAUAUUUGGAUAGUGGGAAUCAGUCGCCUUUCUGACUUCAGCCCAGCCUUAAGCGAGGACAAAUCUUGUGCUCCCUGAUAGAUCCCUUAUGUAUAUACAAUGUCUCAACACGGUGCUGCUUUGCAAACUUACAAUCAAGAAUUAGUCAAAUAUUUAGAAGGAAUGAAAUUACGUCGUUCUGUGUUACAAUCUCGAAUUGAAAUUCAAAAAGAAGAAAAAAAUAACCUGCAAAAAAAAAUAGAACAAAUGUCGUAUCAACUAACAUGUUUAAAUGAUAAUCUCGAGAAAAGCCUGUCUGUACGGGAUGAAUAUGAUAAAAUUAUAACUGAUACAGAGACAGCUUAUAUCAAAAUUUUAGAGAGCUCUCAAUUACUAUUAAAUUUAACAAAACGAGAGGCAACAAAUUUCGAUCAAACUCUUAUGAAAAAAAAUCUACGUUAAUAAUUUCAUAGGAAUAACAAAUAAAUACAACAAAAAUAAUAUUGCUCAUAAAAUGAUUCAUUCCCGAGAGAAGUAUUUUUUUCUAUAAGCUGCUUUAUUACAUCGUCUGUGCAUAAAUUAAUAGAUAAAAUAUAUGUGCAUUUAAAGAAAGAAAUAAUUAAUUCUUUAAAUUCAGUAUUUUAUUUUCAACAAAAUUAUUUACAUUCAAAAAUUUUGUAUAGCAUAAAAU